UACUUCAGUAAGUGGAAACAGGCGAUACAAAUCGGCCGCGAGUGCGCGCCAGGUGCAGAAUUUCACCAUACAUUGAAUUCUGCUUCAUUUUACCUACCCGGUUUGACAGGUGUAAUUUAGGUGCUUAAACUGUAAUUCGAACUUAAACGAUGUUUAAAAAUUGUUAUUAAACCGAGGUGCUCGGAUCCUUUACUUUCUUUUUAUCCUCCCGUUCAAAUUUGGAACACAUCGAUGUAGUGCAAGUUUUUUCUCAAUUUUCCUUAUUAUCAUUUCGACAUCUAUUUCCUGUUCCUUGAUACAUACUUAGAAUCGGACGUAACAGUGCUUGAUAAACCUGUGUCGUCGGAAAGAAACGCACCAGGAUGGAGACGAUGGAGAGGAUGAACGGGAAGGUUCAUCAAACCUCGGAUUCACCAUCUGUGUCAGCCGACAUUCUAAACCCCUUCGUACAUCGCCUUGAACUUGACACAACCUACGACAAGCUCAAGACAGCAUUCUUGACGGUUGCAGUUUUACCCUUUCGACUAGUGGCCAUUACGGCACUCGUCAUAUUGGCCUGGCUUCUCGCUUGCUUGGGACUCCAUGGACUUACCGAGGAUGAUCUCCGUCGAGCACCACUAACCGGAUGGAGGCGAGACCUACGUGUGACGGUAUGCUGGGUGUUGCGGGCGUCGUUCGUCUGUGGAGGGUUUCACCAUCUGAAGGUCAAAGGUCACAGAGCUCCUGCCAAGGACGCACCUGUCCUGGCACUCGCUCCUCACUCAAGCUUCUUCGACGCUCUGACUGUCGUCCAUCUAGGAGGUCCCAGUGUCGUCGCCAAAGCAGAAACUAGCCGCCUUCCAUUUUUCGGAAAGCUCAUCAAUUACACCCAGCCCGUCUACGUCUGGAGAGAAGAUCCAAAUUCACGGCAGAAUACCAUUAAGGAGAUCAUCGAACGCGCGACGUCCAAGGAAGAUUGGCCUCAGGUGAUGAUAUUUCCGGAAGGAACAUGUACAAAUCGAUCUUGCCUCAUCACCUUCAAAUCAGGAGCCUUUUACCCGGGCGUACCGAUUCAACCGGUCUGCAUCCGGUACCCAAAUAAAUUAGACACUGUUACUUGGACUUGGGAAGGACCUGGAGCAUUGAAACUACUGUGGCUGACACUAACGCAACUAAACAGUAGCUGUGAAAUCGAAUUUCUUCCAGUUUACAAGCCAAGUGAAGCUGAGAAAUCUGAUCCAAAGCUAUACGCAAACAACGUCAGACGUCUAAUGGCCAGGGCGUUACAAAUCCCAGUUUCAGACUACACGUACGACGAUUGUCGAAUUAUCAGUAAGGCGCAUCAAUUAAACUUAAAACACGUGUCCACCAUUAUCGAGGCACACAAGCUUCGUUAUAAACUUGGAUUAUUGCAAGGAAAUAUAGAAGAGACGUUGGUUAAAAGUAAAACUGAACGCCUGGACGAGAUCGUCGAUCUUUACAAAUUUGCCAAGAUCCUAAGAGUGGAUGAGAAGGACCCGGCGACUCGACAACUGUUUCACAUACACGAUUGGGAUCACUGCGACAAGAUCAACCUAGAGGAAUACGUGUUCACAGUUUUAGUUAUAGCGAAGGCGGAUACUAUUGAGGAAAUGAUAAAACUAGCUUUCGAAAUUUGUAACCCAAGUGAGACCCCUUCCGUUGACGCUAAUACGUUAAGAAGAAUUCUGAGCCUCUGUUUGCACCUAUCGCCAGAAGAGUCUGAUAAAAUAUUCCGAGAUGCUCUGACGAUAGAUAGAACGAGAGUGAAGUUGGAGGAUCUAAUUGAACUGCUGAGUAAGAAAACUGAGUUCAUGCAUCUGUUCGCCACGCAUUCGGAAGAGAAGCAGAAAAAGGUCAUUUGAGAAUGCCUUACUUUGACUUUGCAAAGUCGUAAUAACCAGCCAGCUGAAUCUGAAUUCACCGAGCCUCUUUUCGUUUAGAUUAAUCGAACGCCUACGUAGUAGUACAGUACAUUUGAAUUUUUACUUUAUCGUAGUCUUGCAAUGUGUAUCAAUAAUCUGAUAA